AUGAAUGUUUUCAGGCUUUUAGAGCUGCUCCGGACUGUCAUUCAAAUUCCAUAUGCGAUCAUUGGCGGUGUAUUGUCUCUAAUUCACUCAGAUCUCUUCUGGGCCUUCGCCGACUCCCUAUACAAUACGACCUUCAAGAUCCUGUUCAUUGGCUCUUCCGCUUAUAUAAUUUAUCUUAUGCUCAACGACUACAAGCCUACGCAUGAUCCGAAUCUUGAUACUUUCAAAGUCCAGUACCUUUUAGGCUUUAGUGCCUUCUUAGCUAUUGCUUUCCCCCACGACUAUAGGGUUUCCGAGGUCAGUCCUGUUAGUCUUGUAGAUGUUGAAGAAGUCUGA